AUGUCUACCGCUAUCUUCAUGGAGGACUAUGGCACAAUGCUCAUCGGCAAUAUGUUCGGCUUGCCUGAGUUCCGGAAGCGCUACGGGCGGCCUGCCAAAGACGACACUUAUCAGAUCCCGGCUCCUUGGCAGGCUGGUCUCAUCAACGGCAGUGCAUGUGGCCAAUUGGUUGGUCUAUUGGUGUUUGGUUACAUGACCGAGAGGUUCGGCUUCCACAAGACCAUGGCUCUUGACCAAAGUGCCAGUGCUGCCUUUAUCUUUUUUCCCUUCUUCGCUCCUAGCAACAGAUCGCAUUCAAGCCUAACCCGGAGAAGGGCGGCAUUGACGGUAUCAAGUAGUCCAAUAACCCGUUGA